AUGGCCGGCCUCACCGACCUUGCUGACGCGACCGCCGGCGGCGACAUCGGCCCCGAGGCCUCCAAACGCGCUGAUGCUGAGCGCGCUGCGGAGGCUGAGCGCCUCGAGGCCGCGCGCGCUGCGCAGGCCGAGGAAGAGGCCGCAGCUGCUGUGCGCGACCACGAUGAGGCCGCUGCAUGCGCGCGUGCCACCCUUGAUCGCGCUGCGAAGGAGCGCGCCGCUACUGCGGCCUCGUCUCCCAUCGCCGAGCACUCUGGAGAUGACGCCGGCGACUCACCCAAGCCCUACGCCGGCAAACAAGAUCUUCAGGACGCCCUUCUUCUCCAUGAGGCCGCCGCCAUCAUGAAUCUGCACACCCAGGCCGUCGGCGUCCAGAACAUUCGCGGCCUCGUACCCAUCGUCCUCGACUCCUCGACGGACAACUACUCGCGCUGGUGUGAGUCCUUCCUCCUCACCCUCGGUAAAUUCUCCCUGCAGGAUCACAUUCUGUACGAUGGUCCUGCCCCUGCUGUCCCAGAUUGGAUCCGCAUGGACUGCGUGGUGUCGUCGUGGAUCCACGGCACCGUCUCCUCCGACAUCGCCGAUGCCCUAGAGCGCGGCUGCACCGCGCGCGCCACCUGGCUCACUGUCCAAGACCAGUUCCUUGGGAACAAGGAGCACCACGCCCUCUACCUCGAUGCCGACUUCCGCAACUUCCGUCAAGGCGAUCUCAGCAUCAAUGACUACUGCUCCCAGUUCAAGAAGAAGGCCGAGAAGCUCCGUGAUCUUGGCGAACACAUCACGGAUCGCACUCUCGUCCUCAACAUCCUUCGCGGCCUCAACGAGCAGUUCUUCGUCGUCGCCUCCCACCUCAAGCGCGGACGGCCCUUCCCCACCUACGCCGACGCCAAGGCUGAGCUGCUCAUGGAGGAGCUCUCCCUCAAGCAUCGCUCCACCACUCCUGCUACUGCCCUGGUGGGUGUUGCAGGCGCUUCUGCUCCGGCCCCCUCUGCAGCGCCAUCUGCAUCUGGCAGCAAGCAGCAGCAGCAGCAGCGCCGUGGCAAGCACGGCGGCCAGAAGAACAAGACCGGCGGGUCUGGCAGCUCCAGCAUCUCAUCUACCGCCGGCCAGAAGGCUUCUGGCGCCUCUCCAGGUGCUCCCAAGGGCUGGCCAUCCUUCUACAAUACCUGGACAGGGACGAUACAGAUGUGGCCAGGCCCUUGUCCACCCCUGGUACCCAUCCCGACGGCGCAGCAGCAGCCGCAGCACCAGCAGCAGCAUGCGCUGGUCGCGCAACAGCACCAGCAGGCGCCUCCCGUACCCUUCCAGCAGCCUGCAGGCGCUGGACAGUGGGCCUCCCCUGCGCCAAGCUACUACAACCCGCUGGUGGGAUCUCCCACCUAG